UGGCUGAGGCGUAAGGUUGAGGAAGUGCAGCGGUUGUGUUUCACUCCGGCCGGUCGGCGCUAACUGAGGGAACUUUAGGGGACUUACGACAGAUUAUCCAGAUGUUUCUCUACCCACAACUCAACUGACGACGUCCGGCUCGGAUUCCCUUCGCAGUUUUCAUGGCGCCGCCGAGAAAGAGGGCGCUACCCAAACCGCUCCCAGAGCACUUCGUACUGACGGACGCCGAGAAGAAGGAAUGGAGGCUGGGGAAAAUGAUUGCUCAAGGUGGCUUCGGACUCAUCUAUCUCGCCUCCCGGGAUGUGCACAGACCUGUUGCAGCAGACACCGACUUUGUCAUUAAAGUGGAGUACCAGGAGAACGGCCCCCUGUUCUCCGAGCUCAAGUUCUACCAGAGGGCAGCCAAACCGGAGAGCAUGCAAAAAUGGAAGAGAAGCAGGAAACUGGACUUCCUGGGCAUCCCAGCGUACUGGGGAUCCGGGCUUGCUGAAUAUAAUGACCUCAGGUAUCGCUUCAUGGUCAUGGACCGACUCGGCAGUGACCUGCAGAAAGUCUGCGAUGACAACGGAGGUCGACUGAAGAAGGCCACCGUGCUCCAGCUUGGACAAAGAAUGGUGGACGUGCUGGAGUACAUUCACGAGAACGAGUACGUCCAUGCAGACAUUAAAGCUGCCAACCUCAUGCUUGGUCACAGAGACCAUCAACAGGUCUACCUAGCAGACUACGGGCUGUCCUACAGAUACUGCCCCGAUGGAGUCCACAAAGAAUACAAAGAAAACCCCAAGAAGGGCCACAAUGGAACCAUCGAGUACACCAGCCUCGACGCCCACAAAGGACUCGCUCCAUCCAGACGUGGUGACCUCCAGAUUUUGGGUUUUUGUCUUCUUCACUGGUUAUGCGGUUCUCUGCCGUGGAACAAAGUUCUCAAGAACCCAACUCAGGUCCAGGAGGCCAAGGCCAGACUGAUGGAUAAUCUGCCAGACUCUGUCCAGCGGCUCUCUGUGAGCGGAGCCAGCACAGACGAGGUGGCUGCGUUCCUCCUGUAUGUGAAGACUCUGGGCUACCAGGAGAAACCGGACUACCAGCGCCUCAAAGCGCUGCUGACCGGUGUUGUCACGGGAACUCUUGACUUCUCCGUACCUCAAAGACCUGCAGGGGCGUCAACUGCCAAGGUACAAGAUCCCCCCACCAGGGAAAAGAAAGCAGCCAGAGGGUCCUCCAAAGCCUCGGCUGCGGCCGCAGAGGAAGAGGAAGAGGAGAGCAUGAAGUCUAAACCAGUGCCAGCUCACUACAUAAGAGGACCCCCCCUCGCUAAACCUCAGUAUGAAGAAGAUGACAGUGAAGAGGAGGAGGAGGAGGAGGAUGAGGAUGAUGAGGAUGAGGCCAGACCCAGACCUAUUCCUGCAUGCUACCUGAGAGGCCCUCCAAUAGGCCCCAGAGCUCCGUCCAAACAGAAAGGUGAACCCACGAGGAACGCCAGGAAGUCAAACAACUUCACGGUGACCUCAGAGAGACAGGAAGUCCGCCCGCAGAGGAGAAAACCAGACUGCGACCAAGUGCACCCGGAGUUCAGGGGAAGAUGGGAUGAGAGGCCGCUCCUCUACAGUCGCCGCCAGUCGUACGAGAGCAGCUCCAGUGGGCGGAGUCCAGAACAGGAAGCUGGCCCCACGCAGAAGAACGGACUGUUGAGCUGGUUCGUCUGCGCGGGCGUCUUCUUCGUCUUGGGCACCGCUUUUGGAGCCAAUUUAAAUCACUGAGGAAAACAUAAAAACCAGUCUGUUUGUUCCCUGAUUUGGAGGCGGAGCCACUUCUCAGGACUUCUGGGCCGCCAUUUUCACCGUGAUGGGCUGGAACAGAAGGAGAAUGGAUUAUUACAGUUGCUUUAUUGGCGGCGGUCAGUCAGUGCGAGGUGCACACGUACCUUGCUGCAGUAAGGACACUCUCCAAACACAAUGCUGAAGCUCUGCCUGCUGGAGGGGAGCGCCCGCAGCCACUGGAGGGAGGAAGGGGGAGACUCAAAUGAAUAGCUUGGAUCCGACGCACACUUCAGAGCUACAUUCAGGAGCUUUUAUGUGGAACUGUUCAGCUUCCUCCUGCCGCUUCUUCUAAUCUGGCUUUAAAAGGAGAUGUGUGUGUGUGUGUGUGUGUGGACACGGAGGGUAUAGAGAGGCAGAGGGAGCUUGUUUCCUCUGUGUGUGUCAUCAAACUACGUUUACAUGCACACAAUAUUCCUGUUUUUGCCCUUAUUCCAAAAAAAGACAAUAUUCCUACUAGGGCUUCCCCCCAGUGAGCAGUGCGACUCCUCAGUGACUGACGGCCGCAGAAAAACACAAAAACAUCAUCAACCUUUUCUCCUGUAACCAUAUUUUAACUGUACUAGCUGCUAUUAACUAGUUAGCAUCUAUUAGCUGACUGUACCAGGACAGAGGGAGUUUAAACACUACCAGCACGGGGCAAAUAUGACAAUAUAUGAAUAUUGUCAUAUUUGGAAUAAUGGUGGAACAUUAAUGUGCGUUUAAACAGUCCAUCAGCACUGAAAACAUCUGAAACAUCACUUCAACUUUACAGCAGCAACACGUUUCUGUCUUUGAGCUGAUUCAUUUUUAUCUGUUAAUGAAUGAAAUUCACUGUCUGCAUUCAGAUGAGUCAUGUUGCUGUAUUAUUUUACUCAAACACACCAAAUAAAUAUUUUGCACAAUCA